CAUACCCGCUGCUUCUACCUACUGCUCGGCCUUCAGCUCCCCCAAGUCGUCCGAUCGUUUCAUUCUUGUUGUCUUGCCUCUGUUUAGGCGGCUGGCACAUGUCGCUGUACGACGAUCUCCCUGCACCCAAGAGCAGCAGCAGCAGCAGCAACGGGUCAUCCGACGCUGUCAAUGCUGCUCCGUUCCAUCUGGCGCUCGGAUCCGCCACGCCAGCGACCGCAAAGCCAGUCGUACCCAAUGCGCUGCCAAAGCUAGCACCGUCGAGCAUGGCUCCGCGGCAGGCGCCUGCGUCCAUCACGGCGGCGGCUGCGUCUGCGGCCAAGCUGCUCCCAGCUCGCGUUGCUGCUGCUGCUGCUGCUGCUGCAGGCAAGCCACCCGCAUCCGCCGUCGCCACUGUGUCAGCCGGAAACGCCGCGAGUGCAUCGCAAGCAGGUGCUGCAGGAACAAGCGGGACCAAGCCAUCCUCCUGGUCUGCUGGCGCUGGUGGUUUCAUUGCCCCACAGCUGCUCAAGAAGCGACUCGCUGCUCAAAGCGAUCUCAAGGCCACAACAACAGCUGCGCCUGUGGAUGCUGCAGCAAGUGCUGCUACUGUCGUGGCGGCAACCACAACCGAGCCAGCCACCGCCAGCACCACGACAGUUUCAGCCAAACCCUUGCCUCCAAGUGAGCCAACAACGUCGGGUUGGACUGCGAUUCCCGCUGCAGCUGCACCAGCUGCUGCCAAGGACGAAGUCUCAGAACCGUUUAUAGCGACUGCGGCAUCGCUGGAAGAGGUGCUGCACGAGUACCAGCCAACAAGACCGUUCAAUUACGACGUGAUUAUGGAGGAGCGCGCGCGCAUGCAGGCAGAGCGCGGUGGGAGCGAUGAUGACGACCACAGGGGCAGUCCACGAGCAUCACGCAGCUUAGAGCGCUCUCGGCGAGGGCGGCGAUCAUCCCAAAGUCGUAGUCCCUCUCCCGAAUCGCCGUCAACUUCUCGAAGCGUUUCCCCCAUCAGUCCUCGCGGCUCUCAUCGUCGUCCAUAUGCAUCACGGCGCUCUCGCUCCCGCUCACACUCGCGCUCGCCCUCCCGAUCCCCUUCCCCUCGUCGAUGGCGGCGACGUUCGAGCUCGCGAUCACGAUCGCGCUCGCGCUCGCGCUCUCCUUCUCGUGGCGGUCGAGGUCGUUCCCCGAUGGGUCGAUCACGGUCUCCCACAAGACGUCCAGCACAGCACUUUGUAUCAUCCGCACACUCUCGGUCUCGUUCCCGCUCCCCUUCCCGUCGAAAGUCGUGGCGGUCCCCAGCUCGCUCCCGUUCCCGUUCCCGUUCUCGUUCCCGCUCACGGUCGCCAGCCCCUGCGCGCAAGCGGCCACGUUCGAGAUCUCGGUCUGGCUCACGUUCUCCCACGCGUCGACAGCACUUCAACCCGCAGUUUGCACCUCCGCCGGUUGAGAAUGUGCCGCUUCCUCACAACCAACCACCAUCACCCGCACAACCGCCGGCACCAGCAACCACGGCUGCUCCCGUCGCCGCAAAUGCAGGUCUGACCAUGAGUGAAUACAACGAAAGAAUCAAGCUGUCUGGCGAGGAGGCAUACCAACGGCGGUUGAAGAUGAGCAUGGGAUCGACAUCUCAUUCGCCCUCGUCAACGACGACAAGUGCCCCUGCUUCUUCCGCCACCGCAUCAUCCGGAACUGUUGUAGAGCGAAUGAUGGGCAAGAUGGGCUGGAAGAGCGGGCAGGGUUUGGGCAAGGACGAGCAGGGCAUCAGCACUCCGCUGUUGGUGGCUAAAACCGGCAAGACCUCUGCCACCAUUGUGCAGCAGCAGCAACAAACCCACCAGCGCGCCACUUUGGUCGUGUUGCUUGAGAACAUGGUUGGCCCUGGCGAAGUUGACGACGAUCUCCAAGCCGAGGUGACGGAGGAGAGCGAAAAGUUUGGCAAAGUCAAGCAGUGCCUUGUGUUUGAAGUCCCCAACAAGCAAGUUCGUGAUGAUCAAGCCGUUCGGAUAUUUAUCGAGUUUGCCUCUGAAGUUGCCGCUGUUCGAGCUGUAAACGAAUUCCAUGGUCGGUUCUUUGGCGGGCGGCAAGUGCGUGCUUCCUUCUUUCCGGUCGAGCGGAUGAGGAAAUUCGAUCUCGCACCUCCUUAGUUUUGCAAUGCCUGGUGUCGUCGUACUUGAGAAUUCUCGAAUGAUAAUGCCAUAGAAUUGCACAUGUAAUCAUUUCGCAGGCAUACAACGUAAUGCAUACAAAC